AUGGACCUUGGCGCCAUGCUCGACAUCAUCAGCACCAUGAGCUUCCUUGCGGUAGAACAGCUGAAGGGGAUGCGGCAAGACCCUGCUUCGUUCAAGGACGAGCUCGUCGAUGAGGAGCCAGGCACACGAGAAGAUGUGGGGAGCUGUCAUGGGGGAAUCCGUGGCCUCAAAGCUCGAGGCUAUUCGAUAUGGAGAUGGACGACAUCAACGCUCGAGGACUUGCGCCUCGAGUUCGCCAAACAUGCACCAGCCCUACAGACCGAAGAUGACCUCCCCGAGGCGUUGGAGGAUGCGUUUCUCUACUCGAUAUUCUUCCUGAAGACAACUCUAAAGUCCAUGGUGGAAAACCUGAACAAGCGGGAGAAAAUCUUUUCGGCUCCGAAACCUCGCGAGUCCUUCAGGAGGCAUACUCAACCGGACACACCGGUGACGCAGUCACGACGAUCGACCUUCUCUGUGAAACCGAGUAAGAAGAAAGACGACUCGAGACGAACUCUUCUCGACGCAUUGAACGUGAUCACGACCAACAGCAAUGAAGGCUUGGACGCUUUCGCGGCCGUUUCGGGACCCACCACUAAGGAUAGAGGGAAAGUAGGGCGCAAUGACGACGAAGCGCAGGGUAUACUUGAUGUGCUCGUCAUUCAGAGACUGACGCCAAUUGCCACACUGGCAGACAUCCUCGACAGACUGGAAAACUUCCAGCCAUGGGCUGUCAAGAACAAUAAAACGAUCCGUCAAGCAGAGGCGAACCUUGACCGCUUCUGGGAUCUGAUGCUCACAGAGCUAAAAGCUUUCAAGUGCAUUAACCAGUAUACCGAAGACCUCAUCAACAAACAAGUCCUCCAGAGAACAGAAGAGCCGCAGAAAAAGCAACUCAAGAAAGAAGACGAGAAAGACCCGAAAGAGAAAACCCGCGGCGUACCAGACCCCGAUCGAUCCGAAAACCCAGAUGGCGAAGACGAUACGGAGGAAGAGGACGUCCAGACGAAAGAGUUCCACUUAACCCGCCGCGCUUUCGACACGGCCGACUUCGUAUUCUCUCCGCAGAACGCUUCCGGUCGCACGGGCGAGAUCCAUUGGAAUGACCCCCUGAACCUGGUCUCCGAGAUGGGCUGUACAGGAGAGAGUCUGAUGGGCGCGGCCUGGCGUUUUACACCAGGUCCUAGAUCGCCCCUAGACGGAGAAGGCUCAAUCAACCUACACGCACCCCAUGGUAGGAAGUCGGGGAGUAAACUCACCAUACAAUACGCGAGGGUCCAUGGUCGCAUGAUGAAGGAGCGUUGGAACCUGGAAGGUGCCAGAUUCGUAUUGAGGCCCUAG